AUGUCUCAAUCUUCUCCUUUCUUCUCCAUCGGCCGAGUGCACGCUGGAGCAGGAGGGCGAGCUGCGGCAGCCGCUCUCCUGCUCCAUCGCCCCAUUGUUCAGCUGCCACAUAGCAUUCAUGGCCUAAGGUGUUUCUCUUCAUCCAAAGUGACACCUGCCAAGACGCUGCAAUCACACCUCAGCCUCCCCUGCGCCACACUGUCCUCCUUUGCCGAUGCCGAAGAUGGCUCCAGUGCGAAAGCCAGCGACACGAAGGCUGGGGAGGAGCAGAUCGGGGAAUGCGAGAUGUCAGAGAUGGCGAAGGCGUUCCAUAUCUCACCACGGAUGGCGAUGUCGAUCUCUGUGAUGAUUGCAUUCGCUGCCCUCACCGUACCGCUGGCGAUGCGCUCACUGGUCUGCCAUGGGACCUUCAAAAUGAACGCACUGGCAUACUUUACGCUUCUGUCAGGGUUCUAUAUGGCAUGGAAUAUUGGGGCGAAUGAUGUUGCAAAUGCCAUGGGGACGUCAGUUGGGUCCGGAGCUUUGACACUCCGGCAGGCGGUGGUGACUGCAGCAGUGCUAGAGUUCUCCGGUGCAUUCCUUAUGGGGACCCAUGUCACCAGCACCAUGCAGAAGGGAAUACUGGUUGCAUCUGCCUUCCAAGGAAAGGACUCUCUGCUCUUCGCUGGACUGAUAUCCUCCCUCGCUGCUGCCGGUACAUGGCUGCAGGUUGCUUCGUCAUAUGGCUGGCCUGUCUCAACUACACAUUGUAUCGUUGGGGCCAUGGUUGGUUUUGGGCUGGUGCAUGGAGGGGUGAAUGCAGUUUUCUGGAGUUCUUUGGCUAGAGUAUCUUCAUCUUGGGUCAUUUCUCCUUUGAUGGGUGCAGCAGUCUCUUUUGUUGUUUACAAGUGCAUUCGCAGGUUUGUAUACAGCGCACCAAAUCCAGGCCAGGCUGCAGCUGCUGCUGCACCAAUCGCAGUCUUUGCUGGUGUCACUGCAAUCUCGUUUGCUGCUUUUCCUCUCAGUAAGGUGCUUUCCAUUGCCAUCCUGCAAGCAGUGUCCAGUGGGGCAAUAGGAGCCAUCAUUGUUUCCCGAGUGAUCCAAAAACAGCUAGGUGACUUAUUGUCUUCAGAAGCAGAAAAGAUAGCAUCUGCUGAGAAGUCAAAUGUUCAGCAGGCUGGACUUCUUUCGGACAUUGCUGGCCCUACAGGAGCUCAGUUGCAGAUUGUGUAUGGAGUAUUUGGUUACAUGCAAGUCUUAUCGGCAUGCUUCAUGUCAUUCGCUCACGGAGGAAAUGACGUCUCCAAUGCCAUAGGGCCCCUGGCUGCAGCUUUGUCCAUUCUUCAAGGUGUGGCAAGCAGUGCUGAGAUAGUCAUACCUACUGAAGUUCUUGCUUGGGGUGGUUUUGGAAUUGUUGCAGGGCUUACAAUGUGGGGAUAUAGGGUGAUAGCAACAAUUGGCAAGAAAAUCACAGAACUAACACCUACUAGGGGCUUUGCUGCAGAGUUUGCAGCAGCUUCAGUUGUCUUGUUCGCAUCAAAGCUUGGGUUGCCUAUAUCUGCCACGCAUACACUUGUUGGAGCGGUGAUGGGUGUCGGAUUUGCAAGAGGGCUCAAUAGAGUCAGAGCAGAGACAGUUCGUGAAAUUGUGGCGUCCUGGUUGGUCACAAUUCCAGUUGGUGCUGUCCUAUCUAUCUUCUACACAUUGAUCUUGACCAAAAUUCUGGCAUACUUCGUGUGA